AUGGGUGUCGAGCUGGAUUCCGUGACAAUCAAGUAUGACGCGCAAUGGAAAGAUCAGCAGGCCCUCCGCAGUGCUCUAAGCAAGGCUUUCCCGGACAAGCCCAUGCCUCCAGCUCCGGACCCCGAUGCAUGGGCCGCGGCAACGAAUGACACUCCAGGCAAGAACCAGCAUGUCGUGUUUGCAGCGUCACUGGAAUUUGCGUCCGUGCAAUCUGCCAGUCCCAUGCGUCUGAGAUUGCAACCUCCCAAGCUCGACAAGCCUCACCGCCUUGGCCGAAAGUAUGGCCCUGAUCGCUUCCUAGAGCUGCUGGUGCCCUGUCCAGAUCCUUCCAACCUACCACCAUCUCUGAAAGACAAGCCCUUCUACGAUCACCUCCUCGAUUGGCUGACAGGAAGGCCACACUCACUCGGUGGGCGCCUCUACUCGCCGUUCUUUUUGAAACCCGGUGGUCAUCGCACGCCACCUAAGCACCUUCUUUUCGGACCAGAGCCAAGGCCUACCUACAUGGACCGGAUAUUUUUGUUCGCCUCCAACGGGGCCGAUAUAUCGAGAGAUAAGCGACCGUCCACGUCCCUCGGAUCAAUGAUCUCCUGGGCUUUAGACUUGAGAAGGGGCAACAAUAGCUCUCAGCCUGUAUUAAAGCUCUUCCAACGAUUGGCGCUCGUCCUUAGCAGGACAAUCCCGACCAUUAUUUUCGAGCCGGGACAGAUUAGGCACCGGACUCAAGACCUGAUGUCCAGAGAGAAAGUUAUGAACGACGGAGUGGGUAGGAUGAGCAGAGGUGUCGCAAAAGUGAUCCAAGCUGAACUUGGUCUCUCUUCACCUCCUUGUGCUGUCCAAGGCCGACUGGGAUCUGCAAAGGGGAUGUGGGUCGUUGACUCAGAUACGACACUGGCAGACGACAUCUGGAUUGAGACUUAUCCUUCUCAGCGCAAAUGGGAACUCGAAGCUAUAGACCCAGAACAUCGGACCUUGGAAGUCCGUAGUUGUACGCCAGAGAAGCUACGGUCCGCCAGUCUCAACCUCCAGUUCCUACCAGUCUUGGAAGAUAGGGCCCUCGAAACGACACGGAUGCGUCAAACCAUUGGCAAGCUGUUAGAAGAUAACCUUAGACAGCAGCUCAGCGACCAAAGACAGUCUCUGGAAAGCCCGAUUCAAUUUCAAAAGUGGAUAUCUUCAAACGCGGCUCACAGGUCUGACCGCCUCGCCCACGGCCACGUAGCAUUCCAGGGCGGCUUGCCGAAGGAGGAUGAAGAGAUUAUGGCUUUCAUGCUCAAUGCAGGAUUCAACCCCUGGCAGAACAAGUUUCUCAAUGACAAGGCUUACGACAUACAAUUCCAGAUGUGCGAGAAACUCAGCAAGAAGCUCAAUAUCAAGAUCGGCUGCUCGGCGUAUCUUUUCAUGGUGGUAGACUUUCAGAAUGUACUCGAGGAAGGUCAAGUUCAGAUUGCAUUUUCAGACCGCUUCAGGUCAGAUACAGACGAUUGGGAGGGAACAAUGGUUCAUGGACGGGAUGUGCUUGUUGCUCGUUCCCCAGCGCAUUUCCCAUCUGACAUACAACGUGUCAAGGCCGUCUUCAAACCCGAGCUGGCACAUCUUCAAAACGUUAUCGUGUUCUCGGCCAAAGGCGAAACGCCUCUUGCCGACAUGCUCAGUGGCGGAGACUACGACGGAGACCAAUGCUUUUGUGUCUGGGACGAUCGUGUAGUUGAGAAUUUCGCCAACGCUCAUAAUGAGGCACAACCUGACCUUCGCCAGUUUUACCGACAAGACAAGAUAGAGUUCCGUCAGCUACUUUCAAGCCACGGGCAAGACUACGAAGCCGCUAUUGGAGAGAUGAUACUAGAGAAAUGCUUCCCUUUCAAUUUAUCCAAAGACAUGCUGGGACAAGUAACCAAUUACAAGGAGCGCCUAUGCUACUUUCGAGGCAAUAUUCAUGACGAGGUGGCAAGGAAACUCAGCACGCUUCUGAGCCUUUUGGUUGAUGCCCCGAAGCAAGGGAUUGAAUUUGGUUCCGAGGACUUCAAGCAUUUCAGAAGGGCUCUCAGCAUACCAGACCCGCACCAACUUGAAGAACCGCUGUAUAAAUCGGUACUGAAUCAGCCUCCAAACCAGCAGUACAGGCAUAUACUCGACUACCUCAAGUUUCGGGUUGCAAAGCCAGCCAUAGAGGAAGAACUGGCCAAUUUCCACAACACGAAGCACGAUGUCAAACCUGUCUACUGGGACAAGGACCUUACCUUGAAUUAUUAUGACCAAUGGGAACGUGAUGCCGGGAAAGACGCUACAGCACAGUCGAUUCUCAACUGUUUGAAAGAAGAUCUUGAGCAGGUCUGCGAAGAGUGGAACACCCUCAGGAAGACUACAAUCAGCUUUACUGGAUUGGCACAGCAAACAUACAGUGCAUGGCAGGACAUCAAGCCACGUGCGAAGUCAUGCAUUCCAGAGGCGACUCUGCAGCGCCUCCAUCGUGGCUAUCCUUCAGAAUGGGCUCUGCUCAAGGCAAGCACCACAUUUAAGGUUUACUUUCAGAGGAAACCUCGCUUCGCCUGGCAACUGGCUGGCUGGCAUCUUUGCUUCAUCAAGUGGCAGACCGUUUCAUCACAGGAAUCGGUGGGUAAGAUGCCCGCCAUGUUGACGUGGCAAAUGCAUGCGAUCACCAAGGUCGACACUCGCGCUGUGAAUCAUCUCGAGGAGCUCCAGACAGUCAAUAGGACAGAAGGGGGGGAUGAGGGCGAGGAUGACGAAGAUGUGCUAUAA